CAGCCAAGUUUCAAACUACAACCAAAGAGUACAAACAAAAACUAACUAACUAACAUUCAUUGGCAACAUUAGCACGAGUAUAAGCCAAGAAAAAUCCAGCAACAAACAGUCUUUGACGGUUGAGCAACGUGAAAAGAUGUGUUUCUGCUAUCUGUUGAAAUGAAAUAAAGUUUAACAAAUAAAAGAAAAAAACGAAAAUAAGAAAAAAAUAACAAAGCAGAAAGAAAAUAUCUUGAAACGCCGCGUACCAAACGAAGUGUAAAAACGAAACCAAAACGCGAAAACGAAUCUUUUGAAAUUGAAAAACCAAAAAAAAAAAAAUAGUAAACAACAAAAAUAAGAAUCGCUAAGAAAGCCGAUGCCAAGUUAGCAACACACGAAGUGUAAAACAAGCAAAAAAAAAAAAACAUAAAUGUGGCAUGGUUUAGGCCAAACACGAAACCAAACAUUCAAGUUGCAUACAGUUUAGUUUUAGACCAUCAACAUCAACAACAACAAGAUCAGCUGCAGCAGCAGCAGCAACCAAGUGCAAUUUUAAAUGUUUAGCUAGUGUGGAUAUUUUUGAGUUGUUGUUGCUGUGGCAUUGUGGAUAGUUUACGGUCAUUUGUGCAGUGUUGCAACAUAAAUGCAUUUGCCCAUGUGCAUCAGUUAGGCAUGGUCCGUCACGAAAGACGGUCGAUGGCCGCAACUGCAACCAUAAAUAUAAUGUGUGCCAAACGUAGAAAAACGCGGAGUUUACGAAAUUCUUUAGUAUCUUGGUUCGCUCUCCUCAUCUGUUUAACGCAAUUUCAUGACGUGACAUUGGCCUUCGACGACGCGGAAUUGGCCCACUAUGCUAAUGAGGCGGAUGUUGCGGGUGUGGGACGUACCGCACAUGAGCCAAGAUUCGGAGAACGUUUGCUACCGUUGCGCAAAAAGACAAACGUGAACGUUAGUGGGAAUAAUAAUCGCAAUUUGUUGAACAAAUCUCUGCUGCAAAAUACGCAUGCAAUAAGUGUGAGCACAGAAAAAAGUGUAAAUAGUCUAUUGAAAAGAAGUAAUUAUAUAGUGAGUCAGGAAAGUGACAUAAAAGUGAGAUUGAAUAAAAAUCAAGUGACUAAUAAUGAUAAUAACAAACGCAAUAGUGCAGAGACCCGACCCGAAGCGUUUACGCUGUCGGUAGCCUCUUUAGAAGAUCAAACAUUUGAAGCUGUAACACCAGCACCGUCUCGUAAGAGACAAGCGAAACAAUUAAACAGAAGAGAAGACAUAAAUAUGGCUGAAGCGGUUUUAGUGGCCAAUGUUUCCAAGGCAGAUCGUUUGGUGGAAAUGUCCACAGAAUUUUUUGUGGUGCCAACAAGUUCUGCAUUGCCACCAGCCAGCACUUUGGUGCCCUCAAGAACGGGUUCCAAGGCCAGAGGAUUACCCAACUUUAUACAGCCUUCGAUUACAGCUCCUGGAGGACCACGUUCGGUAUUAAUAGUGGCCCCAAAAACAGCGUCCGGAGCUAAUAGUACAGCCACACCACCCACCAUAAUAUCGACCCUCCAUAACUUUACCGGUUUGCGUAAGGAACCCUGGGUAGUGCCGGUAUUAGUUUUGGCCUCUUUAACCAUGCUGAUGAUGGCUGCUUUUGAAAUAUUUGUGCUGUUUAAGGCCUGGAGAACCUCACCCUCUCGAAGGCAUCUUUUUUUGGGACAAAUGCUGCUUUUAGGUCUGUUUGCCUGUGCGGGUUUGGGAGCCAUUAUAACAGCUCAACCCUCUUUGCUGACCUGUGGCACCAUACGUUUUGGUGUGGGUGUGGCCUAUGCCCUGGUAUUUGCAGCCUUGUUGGUGAAAUGCGUAUUUCUUAUUAGUCUUAAUGGUGGUGUAUAUUUACCGGCCCCCUAUCAGGGUUUGCUGCUGCUGUUUGCGGUGCUUAUACAGGUGGCUAUAGGAGCUCAAUGGCUGAUAACAUCGCCUCCGGAAUUAUUUACCCUAUCCGUGCCCUUUGGUACCAACAGUUUAUUGGCCUCUACCAUGACAACUCAGUCAGAGCACACGUCCUCAUCAUCAUUUUCUUCCAUGUUCCAUGCCGCCAGCACACCUACGGACAUGUAUGCUCGCAUUACCACAGCGGGCACAGUAUUAAUACCCUUGUGUAAAACCCAAUUCUCCGAAUUCCUAUUUUCUCUCAUCUAUAUAAUAUUCCUGAUAGUAUUUGUCUCCGUGUUGGCCAUUAAAUCGCGAGGCAUACGCGAUAACUACAGAGAAGCUACCUAUAUUGGCUUGGCCAUAGGCGGAGCCAUACCCAUUUGGUUGGGUUGGAUGUUGUGCGGUUUGGCUGUGGCCGAACGUCAUAAAGAUGCUUGCAUAGCAUUCGGCUUGGUAGCCACCUCUGCUACCGUGUUCCUGGUAAUGUUUAUGCCCAAAGGCAGACAACUGGCAGCCAUGGGCAAGGAGGGCCUCUAUGUGGAGGACAGAGAAGAACAAUUUAGUUCUUUAAGUCGAGGCGGUUCGGGAUAUUCACCCUCAUUCUUUCACUUUAAGCCCAUUAAAUAUGGAGUAAUGGGAGGCGGCGGCGGAGGAGGAGGAGGUGGAUUUCAAAAUUCAGCUUCUAAUUCAGGCAAUGGUGCUAAUAUGAAACAUUCAUCGAAUGGCUUAAAUGCAGGAGAUCGGGUUGCCUUGGUAACUGCUGCACCACCGAGUUAUACACGUAUGUAUCACUAUUUUCCAGCACACUUGACAACGCACCCGUUUUGUUUUUAUCCUCAACCCCCACCACCACCACCACUAGCACCACCUACCAUGACACAAUUGCCGGCCCCGCCAACACUUAAACAAUUGGGCAAUUCGUUGAGUUCUAUGACACAAGCACAUAUAGCACAAACAUUAAGAUAUCCAGGUUUAUUUAUACGUCCCGAUGAUACCAAUUUGUAUACAACUUUGGAACCUACUUUAAGCAGUAAUCCCAAUGUAUAUUUUCAACGUGGAGGUGCUGUUCAUCCCGGCAUGAUGUAUUAAUAGAACUUUACGUAACCCCCUUAUAAAUUACUUUGCAUUAAUCAUAAGUUUAUAAAGUAAAUUUAUAUACAUAAAAUACUCAUUAUUAAGUACCGGGUCUCAAUACACAGAAAUUUAAAAGAAUUUCUUUAAAUUUCUAACAAUACAGGCCUUUAAUGAUACAAUUAAGUUUUGUGAAAAAACAAAAAUCACCACCAUAAAUUUAAGUUGUGUUUAGUAUAUUAUUCUUUUAAUAUUUUAUAAAACCCUCAAGACUUUUUUAAUUUAAUUUAAAAUAAAAUAUUAAUUAAUAGUUUUACCAUGAAAAGCAAACGCUCAUUAGUUUUUAAGUUAUAAACUCUAGUUUCUUUAACAAAAAAACAAAACAAAAAAUCAACAGCCUAAAUACUUGAUUGUUUACU